GUCCAGCUACAUGCAGGGCCGACGCGCUUCGCGGACAGCUCUCUCCUCGAGGCAGUGCGUAUCAUUCCGAUGACGAUCUCGGUUGUGGGCACGGGCGAGGCGCCUGCCGCGUGGCCCGACCGGCCUGCACUGCACGUCCGCGGGUCGGUGGCGGGGAUGAACAGCCCUCGGAGGAUGACCGGCGUCGUGCGCAUGACGGCCGACGGCGAAGUGCGCUGGUCGCUGAAGGUCUCGACGAGCGAGAACGGUCAGAACGAGUGGGUCACGGAGGGAGUGCAAGUCGCCGGUCUCGGCUCCGCGAUGGGUGUUAUCGGGCUGUGGACCGGGGCGAGCCACGAGAGGACAGAUCCGUUGGGUGAGUUUGUUCCCUUCGACUCCGAUAGGUUAUGA